UGAGCUCCAGGUAUAAAUCCUGCCGAGUGGGAGAUACCUGGGACUCAUUGCUCACUCACCGACCAACAUGGGCCCGACUGCCACCUUCCUGCUCCUGGGCUUCUGCCUCUGCUCUCUGGGCACCUGGGCUCAGGGACACAACGGUCACAUGGAUCACGAUGAUGAUGAUGAUGGUGAUGGGGUCGGUUGGGCGGACAGGCGCCGUGUGAAGGCCGGAGAGUGCCCGGCAGAUGUGGACUCCCCCGUGUGUAACGGGACCCUCAGGGCAAAAUGUAAUCGAGACUCCCGCUGUGACGAUAAGGCCAAAUGCUGCUUCUCCGGCUGCAGGAACAGAUGCCGCCUCCCACUGGAAGACAAGAACACUAUGUGCCCCUACUUUGAUGCCUCCAAGUGUCCCCUGAAAAAUUCCACCAUCAAUGAGUGUUACAGUGACGUCCAGUGUCAGGGAUCCGAGAGGUGCUGCUGCUUCAACUGCCGGCGAGAGUGCACUCCCACUGUGAGAGUGAAACCCGGCCAGUGCCCGGCUGUGAGUGGCAAGUGCCCGGCAGUGACCCCCAAGCCUGCCUGUAGGACGGACGAUGACUGCGACGGGAGCAAAAAGUGCUGUCAGUCCUGUGGGUCCAAAUGUUUGGAGCCUGAGAAAGAGCGCCAGGGCUACUGCCCCCUAAGCACAGAGAACCUGUCGUGCCUUAUUACCCCGGGGAAACCCCAGUGCCGGAGGGAUGACGACUGCACCAAGAACUGGAAGUGCUGCCUGUCCAAUAACAGGAUGGAGUGUGUGCGGCCCCUCAAAGAGAAACCCGGGCAGUGCCCAGCGUCCGGCACAAAGUGCCCCCUACCUGCCCCCAAGGUGCCCUGUAGCUCCGACCGUAACUGCCAUGGGGGCAAGAAGUGCUGCAAGCUCGCGUGUGGAAUGUUCUGCUCUGAUCCUGUCUCUGAUUGGCUGGUGUAGAGCUGCAGUGGGGGCCCCCCCUCCGGUAUGGAACAAGAGGAUGUGCCCUCCUGCCGAGCAACAGAAUGCUCCUCCCCCCCUAAACCUGCAUGUGCCCCCCCCCCUGGAAUCAGAAUGUGACCCCCCCCUGGAAUCAGAAUGUGACCCCCCCAUGUCCUACCAGAAUGUGCCGCCCCCCCCUCAUGUUAUCAGUCUCUGGGUACCAAUUAUGAGUCUGUAUUAACCCUACUGUGACCAAUAAAGUUGCCCAUGAAGCAGUUCCUGA